UCCUUGAAGUUUGUCAUAAUCGCAGCCAAUCAUUAUUUUGUAACUCAUUACAGGAAUCUCCUCAUUGUUAUGAUGUUACGGUUGGCUGAUUAUUAACUUGAUGACGUCAUAUAUGUUAAAAAGGAGGUAUAGUUGAUAUGUCGGUUUAUGGCGAAAAUGUUUUUUAAUUUGUUUAUGGAAAGUUUUUAGGACUUCUAUUUCGUCCAGCUUAACUCCUUUUUUUUUAUUAUUUUUGAAUGUUUAAAAAAUCGGGUUUAUUUUGAAAAGAUGUUGAAAACUGAGAAACCUACUCCUCGCCCUGAGAAGAGUCGUUUAGAGAUUAAAAGCAAGCUAGAUGCUGAGUUUAGACGUUUUGUGUUGGAUCGAUCUCAACUUUCAACGUUUGAAGAUUUUUCAAAUUUGGUUGAAAAAUUCCACAAGCUUCACGAAAUACCAUUCACUAUAUGCUACACUGAUCCAAUCCAUGGAGAUCUUUUACCCAUCAAUAAUGAUGAUAAUUUAGCUCGAGCCAUUAACUCUGCUUGGCCUCUUCUUAGAUUAAUCAUCCAAAAAAAGGGAGAGAGCUGUGAAGAGUUGAAUGGAUACGGAAGAACAAGUAAAAAGAAAAAAUUUCUGGGUCAAUACUUAUUGCCAUCUGUGGUGCCUAAAAACCGUCCUCAUAUUUCGAUCAGCCUUCCCGAAGAUUUCAGGCAAGUGUCUUCAAUCAUUGAUGUCGACGUAGUUCCAGAGACGUGUCGUAGGGUAAGACUUGUGAAACAUGGCUCUGAUAAGCCAUUGGGUUUUUACAUCAGGGAUGGUACGAGUGUGAGAGUCACACCUCAUGGUUUAGAAAAAGUACCUGGGAUAUUUAUCUCCCGAUUGGUGCCUGGAGGUCUCGCAGAGAGCACUGGUCUCUUAGCUGUUAAUGAUGAAGUUUUAGAAGUAAAUGGAAUUGAGGUAGCUGGAAAAACUUUAGACCAAGUAACUGAUAUGAUGGUAGCUAAUUCUUCAAAUUUAAUUAUCACGAUCCGGCCUGCAAAUCAAUCAAAUGUUGGUUUCCCUCGGCGUGGUUCUGUAGGUCAUUCUUCGCAAAUGUCGCAUGGCUCUCAACAUUCCAAUCAAUCUCUACCUAGUGAUGAUGAUCACUAUGAAGAGGAUGAGAUCAGGGACCAUACUCAAUCUAUGUGUCAGGACACGCCGGAGAAACCUGCAGCAUCUGAAGAUGAUGGUGUCGUCACUCUUUGAUGUGUCGAUAUUUUUUAAAACAAAAUUCAAAAAUCAUUUUUAUGAAUUAUUAGAGCUUAGUGGAAGAACAUGAAAAGUGACAUUUUGAGUUUUCAGUAUUUUUUAUUCAUUUUAUUGAGAAAAGUCCUUUCAUUUUCCUGAUAUUUUAUUGCUAUAACAAAUUUAAUAUUUUUUGAAAUUAUGAAAAUUUAUUUAGUCUCAUUCAUCAUUUAAUUUAAAAACAAUUUAGUUUGAUACUUCAUUCAAAUAAUUGUGAAAGUAAUAAGUUGAUUGAACACAUAUUAAUUUACUUUUCUCAUAAGUGUUAAGAUGUAUAUUUUUCAUUUCAAAAUUAUUAAUGCAUGAUUCAACAAAUUUGAUGAAAAAAGUAUUAAUUUAAAAUACAAAUUUUAACAAAAUAUGUGAUUUUUAUAUUGGAAAUGAGAAAACAUUUUCAUAAAAUUGUUCACAUUUGUUUUUUCACUUUUGAAUAUGUAUUAUGAUUAUAUUGAAUUAAGAAUUCUGUAAUCAAUACAGUUUUAUCAUGUAGCAAUUUACUAACUUAUAUCUAUAAUAUGAUUUUACUUUUGUUUUCCUUUUUUGUUUAAUUUGUAAUACAUCAUUAUUAAUUCAGCAUAAACAAUGUUUUUGUUUAAUUCACAUUUCUAAUUAAUUUUUUUAAAAUAUUUUAUUACUUUUUUAUUUUUUUAUUAAUUAUUGAUAAAAAAAUGUGUCUAUUAUGCCACACCUUUAUAUUAUUCGUGCGGAAAAAUCUCAAGAUCUUCAAUUUUGGCAGUUUGCCAUGUCUAGUGCAUUUUGAAAGCAUAUUGACUGUCAUUUAUAUUUAGAGUUAAAGAAUAAAUCAUGGUCUAAUGAACAUUUGUUUAUUAUGCAAUGUAUAACUGUGCAACUAUAAUAUUGCAGCUAUCAAUUAAAGGAGAAGUUUCAUAAAUAUAUUUUUAAUGUUUUCUUGCAUUUUCUGACUUUGUCGAAGUUACUAAAAUGUCACAUAGCUUGUUAUUCCACUCUAAACUCUUCCAUUGUCAUUGAAAAGCCUGAAGUGGAAUUCCAAUGUAUAUGUAUUCCAAUGUAUAAUUUAUAAUGCUGACCUUCUCAAAGUUAUUAAAAUAUUAUUUCAUUCUAAAUCUUUUUAAUUGAGGUUAAAGAGCUUAGAAUGAUGUUACCUUGCUGAAUUGACAGUUCAAAGUUGACUUUCUCAAAAUGUCACUUAACAUUUUAUUCCACUCUAUGCUCUUCAUGGAGGUUAGUUGCAAUUCCUUUUACUACUAGCAGUGGAUUAUGAAAUUGGUGUAUUCGUUUUUUAAAUUCAUAAGUGUUUUGUGAUAAUUCAUCACUUUUUACCUGAUGAUCUGUGAAUGUUUUUAUAAUGUGUGAAAAUGUGUUUUGAAUGGUAGUGUUGAUCCCUGCUCUUACAGAAAUUGCAUUUGGGUCAUUCCAUGUCAAAUCAUCAGAAUUUUUCAAAAAUGGCAACCCGCCAUCUCACGUUUUAAUAAAAAUUUGUACACUUAAAGAAUUUUUGAAGCUGAUCUCAAAAAUACCAAUGAUAACAUCAUUUUGCAUUAAUAAAUGGGUUCAAAAGUUAUAGGUAUUUAUAUUUUUGUGAAAAUUGCUUGUUUGCCGCCAUUUUGAUUCACACAAUUUUUUUUUAUGAAUUUCCAUGCAUUAAAAGUAUUUCUAAAUAGGUGAUUUUUAUGGAUUGAUUGUAACUAAAGUUGUAUAAAAUUAUGGGAAAAACAAAGUAAGGUAAUAAAUUAUGAAAUAAACUCAAUUUUUUUGUGUCCUUUUUUAAGGGAGAGAGAAAAAAAGAAAAAUCUGAAAUUCGUUCAUCAUUUUCGUUAGACAUAGAAUCCUAUACCUUUGGUCAAUGAAAGAUUAACCAUUCCUUUUCUGAAAGAAUAGAGUGCUAUACCAAAUAAUAAAAAAGUAUCCAUUAAAAUUUUUUUUUCGAUCAGUGUCCACUCCUAUCUUCACUAAGAGAAGAAGAAAAAAAGGAGGUGAAAUUCAGAAUUUAUAAAACAUACUACCAAGAGAAAAUCACUACAUCCUUUGUUUUCAGUUCUAACAUUUUAUUUGAUUCUUAAAAUGUAAUUGAAUACCUUAUGAAUAUUUAUUCUUAAUUUUAUCCCUUUAUUUCUCUCAGUGAUUUUAUGGUAAUUAGUUUCUCCUCACUUAACUCAAGAAACUCACUUAAAACACUGUUAAAUAAAAAGAUUUUACAUCACGAAUUGUCUUCUGUUGGUAAUUUGUUUUUAUUUUAUCUCAUAGUCUGUGUAUUUUCUGUAAUUCUUUUAUUGUAAUUAUGUUUGCCCAAUUUUGUUUUUACGUAACUUCUGUCUCUCCAACCCCCCCAACAAGGUCAACUCAUUUUUCUUAUCUGCAGAUACUAGAUUGUUUGUAAAUCUUUUUUUUUCUUCAGUUCAACAGAAUUUCCUUUCUUUUCCUUCAGAACAACAGAAUUGAAUAACAUUUUUCAAAUUUUUAAAAAUAUUAAUUUGGUAUUCUAAAGGAGUUUUUUUUCUUGAAACCCAAGUAUUGUGCAGCAUUCGAUUCCUUUUUAGAAGAUUUUAGAAUUUCUUCUGGGUGUAUAGAACUUGUUUAAUUUAAAAGCAAUUUAGAAAAUAACUAUAUUCCUCACAUAUGUGGAGCAACUUUUACAUCAGUAUUACAAUGUAUCAAAAUGUUGUUAAAAAUUUAUUAUACUUUAAAAUGAAGCAAAAAGCUAUCAUUAGACCCACAAUUGUUACAUUUGACACACAGUUGUGUUAUACGUAAAGCACCAUGAAUCUACUUAGUUUCCACUCUGUAUGUUACGCAUGCUGAACUUAUCAAUAAAAUUUUUUUUUUUAAAAACUUGUUAUACCAUAUUCUUGAUUUAUAGGGUGCAAAAUUAAAUUUUUAUGUCUUUAGCCAUAAAAAUUGUGAUGAAAUAGGGGGAACUGUUCGCAAAGGCUUGUUUUGUAAGCAUGCUUGCUAAGACCAUUACAGAAUCAUCAAAUGCAAACAUGUUGUAUGAAUGCUGUAAUGAUAAUAUCAGAGAUGAUUAUGCUCCGGAAAAAAUCCGGAUUUUUGUAUUUUUUGCGAACCGCGAUCCGGAAGUUUCCGGAAAUCCAAGGUCCAGAAGUUACACGAAAUCUCUAACUCUUUUUUUAAAAAACUCUUUUUAACUGAAACUCUAAAACAAAAAAAAAACUAUAUCUAUAUUUUUUAAAUAUAAGAAUAUUUAUUAUAUUUUAUUUAAAAAUAUUAGAAUAUUUAUACUUGGUAUCUCUUUCAUUUGAAAAUAUUUGUUUCUGGUAGAAUAAUAAAUGUGAUUAGAGAUAAAAGUAAACUUAUACGUAAUUAUUCAUUUAAAUUAUGCUGCAUGAAAUUUAUUUAGAAUUCUGUGCUUUGAAAAUAUCAAUGAUUUAUAUUUAUAAAGGCAUUAAUUUUUUGAAAUGCGUCACUAAUUAUUUUACUCAAGAAACUUUGAAGAUUUUUGAGUUUGGCUCACAAUCACCUCUGUAAUAUAAAAGGCAUUUUUUUUUUCAUCAGCCACAUUAAAAUUAUAAAAAGCUCAUCCCUUUCAUAUUAUUAAAGAAGAAAUAGCUCUUUUUUCCCCCCACAUAUUAUUGGCGUUUAGUUAGGCAUUAAUACCGCAAUAGGAAGAACAAACAAGCUCAAUGAUGAGGGAAAUAUUUUAGUGUGUAGACAGUGUGAAAAAUAUUCUUCUACCUGUAACACACAGAUGCCUGAAUAGUAUUGAAAGUUUUUAAGUUAAUAUAUAUAUUUUUUUAAUUACCAACAUUAUGUCAAGUUUUUAAUUUUUUAAAAACUUAUCAACAGAAAUUUUGAUGUUUUUAAGAAAUCUUUAUUUCUUUGGCAUAUAGAAAGAAAUCUAUUAUCAAUUUCAAAAUUUAAAAAAAAAAAAAGUAUCUGUGAACUGACCAUCUAAAUUUUUAUUUAAUCGGAUAUUAGUGUGCACUUUCAACUAACUAUUUUUAACCAAAAUCUUUUUGAAAUUAAAGGGAAUUGCAUGAAAUCAGCUGCUGGAGUUAAUAAACUCCAAUGAUAAAAAAAAAAAAAAAAAAA